CAUUGGCAUAUGUUACUAUAAAAGUAGGGAUGAAGCCGAAGACUUCAUUCGCAGUGCCAUCUCCCAACAUGGUGAUUCUGACAACAAUGGGCUCUGUAAAAUCCAGAGGGGUGUCGGUUCUUUUGCUGACUUUCUUUCUCUACUUAGUGGACACCUACUCCUACAGUGACGGAUGUGAAGAGUGCUCUCUGAAGAGGAAUGUUCUUUUCUCCAAGGAACGUCCAGUCUAUCAGUGUAUGGGUUGCUGCUUCUCCAGAGCAUACCCAACACCUUUAAGGGCCAUGAAGACUAUGGUAAACCCCAAGAACAUCACAUCUGAGGCAACAUGUUGUGUUGCAAAGCACAGUUAUGAGACAGAGGUGAGGGGCUCUCGAGUAAGGAACCAUACAGAGUGCCACUGUAGCACUUGCUAUUUUCAUAAAGUUUAACACAGUACACAUGCAAACCUCCUUCUAAUGCCUUUUGCAUGCAUAUUUUGCUUAUAAGUAAAACGGUGUUUCUUGUCAUAGCCUACAAGCUGAGGUAGAACAUUUAUUGUAUUGGUUUUUAUAUGGGCAGCCUGUGUGUUAUUUGUGUGAUUGUCAAUGUUUGCAUUUAUGAUGUGUAGUCAUU